CGCCUGAGCAAGCCCGGCACAUUCCCUCUGCCCUUUUUAGAAACCAGAGGCACCCGUACCCUCGACCUGACCGGCGAGCUCCCCGAGGCCCUCGAGCAGAUCUUUGACAGCCAGGGGGGCUGCGACCUGUCCAUUGAGGUGACAGUGGAGGGCUCCGAGCACCUGCGCAUGUGCGCCCACAGUCUGAUCCUGGCCAGCAACCCCGAGGCCCAGGCCCUGUGGAAGGAGCCAGGCAGCACGGUCACCAUCGAGGUGGACGCUGAGUGCCUGCCUGUCGUCACAGACUUAAUCAGGUACUUUUAUUCCCGAAGGAUCGAUGUCUCCCUGUCAACCGUGAGGUGUCUCCACAAGCUGGCCUUUUCCUAUGGGGUUGAGCAGCUGCAGAGCUACUGCUCGGGCCUCUUCUCCUUCUUCCUCCCCGAGGACCCCUCCUUCCAGACGGCCCUGGACCUCCACGCCUACGCACUGGCCACCCAGGACCCCCUGCUGGAGGAGCUGUGUGUAAAGUUCCUGGCCUGGAAUUUCGGGGCCCUGAUAGGGUCCGAGGCCUGGCCACGCGUCCCCACCGCCCUGCUCCAAGCUCUGCUCUCCAGGAGCGAGCUGGCCGUGCCCAGCGAGCUGGCCCUGCUGAUGGCCCUGGACGCCUGGAGCCAGGAAACGGGAACCACCAACAGGGACGUGGAAGGCCUGGUGGAGAGGGUCCGGUUCCCCAUGAUCCUGCCCGAGGACCUCUUCCAGCUGCAGUUCAACCUGAGCCUGUACUGGAGCCACCAGGCCGUCUUCCAGGAGAAGGUCCUACAGGCCCUGGAGUUCCACACCGUGUCCUUGGGGCGCCUGUCCCAGUUCCGAGGCCUGAACCUCUCCUCGGACGCCUACCAGCCCCGGCUCUACACCUCGCCCACCUGGAGCGGGUCUGUGAAGGAUAGAUCCCGAGACUCCUCCCCCUAUCAGAAUAAUUUCUACAGCUAUAGGUCCUACCACACCAGGGACAACACCUACCAGUCCUUCAACACCCCACCGCACCCCAGCUUCCUCUUCCAGUCCAGCCAGGUCUCCUGGUCUCUCAUCUACCUCCCCACUGUCCAGAGCUGCUGGAACUAUGGGGUCUCCUGUUCCGCUGACGAGGUCCCUGUCCUGAGCCUCUCCAAGUCUGGCUACUCGGAUCCCACCAUUGGCUAUGAAAACAAAGCCCUCAUGCUCUGCCAGGGCCGCUUCGUGGCCGACGUCACGGGUUUCAAGAACGGGAAGGCCAUGGUCCCCAAUGCCCUGGACACCAACAGCUCCAGGAGAGCUUCCCUCUUCCCCUGCCCGGAGGGGUCCUUCAGCAGCUUCCGAGCCGUGAUCCGCCCCUUCUACCUGACCAACUCCUCAGCCCUGGACUAGGCAGGAGGCUGCCCUCCCAGGGGGCCGAGCCGAGCUCCUUUCUCUCCACAAGCAACCACCUCUCACAACCGGCCUCCAGAUGGCCCCCUGCUGCCACUGAUCACUCUCUCUCUGAGCUUAAAGAAAGUACUGGAAGGUUUCAGCCCGGAGGCCGAGAACCCCCAGUUUCCCUGCUGCCUGGCUGGCUGGUCAGGAAGUGAGUGAGAAGACACGAUCGUCGUGGCUGCUGGAUUUCCACCGCCUUUCACUUGCUCAGCCCUCUGUUGUCCCUUGUCGCGGAUCAUUAAAACCGUGCAGUGGCCCCAGGUCCUCUCCUUCAUG